CUCUCCGAUUUUCCACAACAGAAGAAGAAGCAAACGUUUUGCAGUCAGUGGCGCAUAUAUACAAAUACCUCAUACUCAUAGGCGUAUAAUGAGACGUUCGAAAAUCUCACGGUCCCAUAUAUCCGUGCUUUAAUUUUCUCAAAUCUCAACUGGGUUUUUCACAUUCUCUGUAACCCAAAAAAUAUUGAGUUGUAAAAAUGGGGAAGAGAGGAGUGUUUUUGUUUUUGUUGUUGGCGUUAUGGCUGGCUAUGUCUGCAGGGACUUGGGGCCAGGACGCCAAGGAGACGCUGAACUUGGCUGCUGGAACAGCCCAGCACAAAACGCACGAGACCUUCAAAGCUGCCAAGGAAAACACCGACUCGUGGGUUGAUCGUACCUUCGGCAAAAUCGCAGAGGGGUUAGGAUUCGGCCAGGAAAAUGCAAAAGAGAAGGCUAAGAAUAUGAGGGACAAAGCUGGGGAUGCAGCCUCUGUGGCUACAGAAAGAUUAAGAACGAGCUCAUUUGGAUCUUCGGACACCGAUUCUGUUCAUGAAAACUUUGAUCCCUCUAUAAGGAUGCCUACUGAUACAGUUGACAAUGCCAAAGAGACCGUGACAAGGGCAAUGGGUUCUGGAUUGGAUAGAGCAGCGAAUGCCUACGAUGAAGCAAAGAAUACAAUGAAUAGGGCUACAGGCGCGGCUUCUGAUAAGACUUAUGAUGCAAUGGAAUAUGGAAAAGACAGAACUGCCGGUGCCUAUGAUGAAGCCAAGGAGAAAGUGAACACGGCCUCGGAUAAGGCCCACAAUGCCAAAGAGACAGUGAGAGGGGCAAUGGGUUCUGGAAUGGACAGAGCAGCGAAUGCUUAUGAUGGAGCAAAGAAUACAAUGAAUAGGGCUAUGGGUUCGGUCUCUGAUAAGGCUCAUGACGCAAUGGAAUAUGGAAAAGAAAGAACUACCAAUGCCCAUUAUGGAGCCAAGGAGGGAGUGAACAUGGCCUCCGAUAAGGCUCAUGACGCAAUGCAAAAUGGAAAAGAAAGAACUGCCAAUGCCUAUGAUGGAGCCAAGGAGGGAGUGAACAUGGCCUCCGAUAAGGCAUACGAAGCCAAAGAGGCAGCCAGAGGGGCAAUUGGUUCUGGAAAGGACAGAGCGGCGAAUACCUAUGAUGAAGCGAAGAAUACAAUGAAUAGGGUUACGGGUUCGGCUUCUGAUAAGGCUUAUGAUGCAAUGGAAUAUGGAAAAGAAAGAACUGCCAAUGCUUAUGAUGGAGCCAAGGAGGGAGUGAACAUGGCCUCCGAUAAGGCCUCCGAUGCCAAAGAGGCAGCCAGAGGGGCAAUUGGUUCUGGAAAGGACAGAGCGGCGAAUACCUAUGAUGAAGCGAAGAAUACAAUGAAUAGGGUUACGGGUUCAGCUUCUGAUAAGGCUUAUGAUGCAAUGGAAUAUGGAAAAGAAAGAACUGCCAAUGCCUAUGAUGGAGCCAAGGAGGGAGUGAACAUGGUAUCUAAUAAGGCCUACGACGCCAAAGAGACAGUGAGAGGGGCCAUGGGUUCUGGAAUGGACAGAGCAGCCAAUGCCUAUGAUGGAGCAAAGAAUACAAUGAAUAGGGCUAUGGGUUCGGCUUCUGAUAACACUCAUCACGCAAUGGAAUACGGAAAAGAAAUAACUGCCAAUGCCUAUGAUGGAGCCAAGGAGAGAAUGAACAUGGCCUCAGAUAAGGCCUACGAUGCCAAAGAGGCAGCCAGAGGGGCAAUUGGUUCGGCUUCUGAUAAGGCUUAUGAUGCAAUGGAAUAUGGAAAAGAAAGAACUGCCAAUGUCUAUGAUGGAGCCAAGGAGAGAAUGAACAUGGCCUCCAAUAAGGCCUACGAUGCCAAAGAAAUGGUAGCGGGAGGAAUUGAUUCUGGGACGGAAAGAGCAGCCAAUUCAUACGAUGAAGCAAAACAACAGGUUGGGGAGUCAUACAAGUCAGCUAAGGACUGCAUGACUGGACAUGCCAAGCAUAACUAUGAGGCUGCAAAGGAGAGUGCCUCGCAGGCUGCAGGAGAUCUCGGCGCUACCAUGAGGAAUGCUGGUUCAGAGAUAUAAGGAGGCCGAUUGCAUGCUUGCUCCAUGAAGCCAUGUUUGAUGAUGAGUUUAUGUUUCUUUUGAGUAGCUAGGAAUCUCUGUAAGUUCUAUGAUCAAUGUUGCUAAAUGUUUCUUGUUUUCUCUUACUUCGCCCUUACAGUUUUGUUUCUUUACAUCAAUGUUGCUAUGUUUCUUGUUUUCUAUGAAUACGGGUCAAGAAUUGCUUGAAUUAAGCUAGUCUCGCUGUGUCAUUUCAUUUCUAGUAAAUCUCUAUGCCCCAAGCCAAGGCCUCUGAUA